AAUUCAAAGUUUAUUGAUAUAAAAUCCUGACAUUGAAGGAUCAUCAUCAAAACAAAGAAACUAGGAAAAAGAAAAUGUGAUGUGUACCAUGUGUGUAAGAUAUGUUCUCAAACAUGAGAAGAACACAAAUCGACUGCCCCCCCCCCCUUCCACACACACAAAAAAAAAUCUUUACACUUAAACAAGUAUCACACUGUAAAGAAAGGAAGAUAAAGAGCAAGAGAGUGGGGUCAAGGCAAAAACAUUAUUAUCAUUUUUUUUUGGGGGGGGGGCUACUUUUAACAACCUGCUUCCUACAUCUGCAAUAUUGUAAGCUUACAUGUAAACAUUGCAGUCAUUGGGGAUUUCCCGAGGCUCAUUUUUAUUUGAGCACUUCGGGGGGGGGGGGGUGAAAUUGCCCGAGACCCAUUCUUUAAUUCUUUCUCUGGUGAAGACUUGUCACUUGUGUAGGAUUGGGGGGGGUCGGGUGUCUUUGGGUAUCACCAAAAAUAUGAAUUCAAUAGUUGUAAUCGUCUUCUAUUUCGUUCUCUAUAAUAUUACCUAACAUUUUGUACGAGAGAUUGAUAAAACUUUGCUUGUCAUUUUUUCCAAAUGGCUGUUUAAUAAAAAUUGAUUGUCCGGACAGGUUGACACACAAUAACUUGUGUACCCCUUUUUUCUCCUCCCAGGAUCCAAAUAUGUAUUUAUUCAUGAAUUAUUUUCAUAAUUCUUUGUUAUCAUUUACUCCAGUAUUCCAAAUUUGAUUUCUUGGAAAUAAUUUUCUUUUAUUUCUUUCUCAUUUUUUUCAGGCUACCAUACUGCAGAUAGUGAUACCGAUUCAAGUUACAGUCGACAUGAUGGCAUGAAUGGCGAUGCUCACAGCAGGUACAAUUCCAAGAGACCAAUCCCAUCUUCUUUCCGGCUCCUCUCAAAGGGGAACAGAGAUGGCCCCAUGAGGACCACGCCCAAGGGGCCCAGUGGACCCCUAAAGGCUGAUCAUAGCAUACAACCAUUUUCCAAGGAUAAAAGGUCGCCAGAUGAGGGCUCUCCGCGUGAUGUUUGGGCGGAGCAGGGUGCAAGACCCAAACACCACUCAUCCACCGAUUCCCUUGAAACGGAACAGGUCACACACAUAGUAUUCCAGGACACACCCAUUAGAAACGAUUCUGACGACAAGAACGGCUCAUCGCGGCCGACCACCCCAUCAGCGUUGCGCAAAUCAUCGCGACCGCCAUCUCCGUCCAGGUCGGUGAGGUUCGACGACGAUACCGACGGCUCCUACGACAGCGACAGGCGGGAUCGGAAAACGCAGUCGAGGAGAAGCGAGUCUCCGGCGGGCAGGCAGCGCUCUAACCGCUCAGAAUCCAGUCAACAGAAUAAAACUUCCAAUGGCGGUGAAAUGCCUAUGUAUGCCUCUGUAGAUAAAUCCAGGAAGUCAAGGCCGACUUCUCGGCUGAGCGAUGAACGGACAUCGAGGCACGAUCGUUGGACGAACGGAGUCGAAAAGGAGGAUCCGUAUAGCCGUAUUAACGACGAUAGUUAUGUGAAUCAAACUGGACAAUUAAGAACAGAACCGGAUUAUGAGGAAGUGACGUUCAGGCCAAGAUCUGAAAAUAUUGUGUCCAAGUCACAUGAUUCCAAAAGGCAGUCAGGUGACCCAAGAAGGCGGAGCUCGAGUAAAGAAUCGAGAUCAUCAAGACCCUCGACUCCUACCCACGGCGAUCCUUCCUAUGCAGCUACCGAGAGGCAGCCUUCCAAAUCCAUGGCCAGUAGGGGGCGCUCUUACUCUAAAGAAAGCCUGUCAUCAUAUGGUAAUCCAUGUGUCACCGAUGCAGACGAUACCAUCGAGCACCUUGGCUCCAGUCGGCUGGAUCAUUCCUCAUUCCAAAGGUCCAUUGAUUAUGUCGGAUUUAAGGAAGCUAAGGCUGCGUUCAUGCAACCUAAGCCAGAAUCAUGA